UUGCUCACUAUAAACUGUGGGAAGCUAGUUGGGUACUAUGGUGUCAAAGAGCUUUCACCCCUAAAAUCAGUCAGUGGUACUAAAUUUAGUAUAAGGGCCUUUGCUAGUCGUAAAUCAAUGAAAAAAUUGAGAAGAGAGGGACAACCGCAUAAAAGUGUCACCUUGCGAACUAAAGAGACUUUGCCAGAUGACAGCCGUGUCCUAGCAGACACGUCUCCUGCAAAGGAUGAUAAUGUUAAUGAUGGAAACAGUCUGUAUUCCUUUGAUAAUUCAGCUCCACAGAAUUCAAUUUCCAUGCCUUCCAGGAGUGAUGUGCUUCAAGCCUGCACCAUCACUUCUGCGUUGAUAGCUGCUCUAGGUUUAAUAAUUAGACAGGUAUCUCAUACUGGGUCGAUGGAAGGAUUGCCCAUUCUUGACUGCUCCAUGGAAGUAUCAUUUGGUUUUGAGAUGUGGCAUCUUGAGCUGAUCACUGCAUUGGUUAUCCUAAUUUCAUCAUGUCGUUAUGUACUAUUGAAGACAUGGCCUAAUUUUGCUGAGUCAAGUGAAGCAGCCAAUCAGCAGGUUCUUUCUUCACUUCAACCUUAUGAUUACUUAGUUGUUGCUUUUUUGCCUGGGAUGAGUGAGGAACUACUUUUUCGUGGUGCACUGCUCCCAAUUUUUGGAUUUGACUGGAAGAGUGUCUUAGUUGUUGCCACUCUUUUUGGCGUUCUACACCUGGGCGAUGGGAGAAAGCAUUCCUUUGCAGUGUGGGCAACCUUUGUUGGGAUUGUGUAUGGUUAUGCAACAAUCUUAUCCUCAAGCCUUAUCGUGCCCAUGGCUUCUCAUGCAUUGAACAACCUAGUUGGAGGGGUUUUCUGGCGGUACACAUCAAAGUCUGUAGAGUGAGAAUGAGAUGCCAUUUGGGCUUUAGCGCAAGUGAUUGCCAGACUAGAAAUUUCUUAGAUUUAAAGCCGUGAUUACUGUCACGAAUGUGUGGCAUGCAUAAUGUAAUUACUCUCACUUGUAUAUAAUUGACCUAUGAAAAACAAGAAACAGAAACAUGUCAAGUUGUUUAUAAAGAGUAAAUUUUUCGUCA